AUGCAUUUCAAGAACACACUUCUCACCGCUGCCCUGAGCGCAGGCGCUGCUGCUGAUUUUAUCGUCAUUACGGAAUACCCACAGGCGCUGCAGACCCUCAGCCCUGAACAGAGCGAACAAUGGAUCUCCUCCAACCUCCCCGCCCUACAAAACGAAUUCCUCCAAAUCGCAACAGACACCUCCUACCUCGCACAAGCCACCUCUGUCAUCCCCGAGCUUAGAAACUUCGUCGCGACCGCCAGCGUCUCAAUUCCCCCCGUCGUCACCGCCCUCGACCAAUUCACAAUCUACACCACCGUGCCGUCGUGGUACUCCGAGCUCCCGUCGGGUGUCAAGUCCUUCUACGACGAUGCGGCGGAUCGUGUAGAGAGCUUUUUGAAUGCGCGUGUCCCGGAGAAUGCGACGGCUAGCGCGAGUGGGACGGGCAAUGUAACUACCCCUGUUAUCACGCCUAGUGGCUCGACGCCAAUCACGCCGUCAGGCGAGGCGCCACCGGAGAACACGGGCGCGGCGGGUAAGGUGCAGUUAGGGUUGGGGGCGGGUGUUGCGGCUGGGUUGGUUGGGUUGUUGGCUUUGUAG